CCAUUCUUAAUAUGACCUCCACUUUGCAGAGCCACAAAAGUUGCUUCAAUGGAGACCUGGAUUGAUUAACUUGGGUCAUUUAAAAUGUUAUUUUUUUCGGACUUUUUAGCGUUUUAAAGACUUUAGAUUCUUGAGUUUUCAUUCAGAUCAUACUUGCUUGGCUUAUUAUUUUUGGAUUAUCAUAUUAUCCUCUAACCAGACUAAGCUGGCCUGGGUCUGCAUCUGCAAGUGUUUCUCUGUUGUCUUUGGUUAAGGUUAGGGUCCUUAAUGCUACCAUGAGUUCUGAAUCCAACACAGGAAUUGACCUGUUGCAGGUCAGAAUUGAGACUUUAAGCAGCAAAAUGGACACACUGAUAAGUAUCCAGGAAAAAGUGCUCAGCCGACUUGAUGGCAUGUCUCAGGACAUUGAUGGAAUUGAGAGGGAUGUAGAAAACUUGAAAGUGGAAAAGGAGGAGAUCCAUUUUACUCCAGUUAUUUGUACAGCAGCAGGCCAUGAAAUGAAAGAUAUGUGCCAAGAAAUGAGCAGCAUCAUGUUGGCAGUAAAUCAACACUCAGAACAGCAAACUAAGAAACUGGAGGGAAUGGAAAGACUUGUGAUGAGUAUUCAGGAAAUGGUCAGCUUCAUUGGAGAAACGGUGAAAACCUCCAAAAUCAUGGAUAUUUUGUUUAAAGGGGCAGCGGCUCGGAAGAACAAAAUGGUUGCAGAGCCCAGGUCCAAGGCAAGUAAAAGCACACUGAUUACCAAAAGGCAAGCCACAGAUGAACCUGUUGUGGGUAAGCUAAAAGAUCACAAAAGCAAAGAGGGGAGAAUUCAUCUGAGUCUCAAAGGCCUCAAAGCACAGAAAAAGAAACCAUCUGAUUGUAAAUUCACUUUGAGGAAACAGGUUCUAUUGUUUGAGGAAGUUCAAAAGCUUAAUCAAGAAAAUACAGAACAUUCUGAAGCAUGCUACUUCCUGGCAACAGGUUUCCAGAAAUCAGAGGAUAGGUUGCUUGUCCUAAAGCAGGAUCACAUUGUGGAUGAAGCCCAAACCCCUUCAUCUGAGCAAGAGAAGUGCUGUGAAGAAAAGCAGGAAGCAAAGCCAAAGAAAGAGGGAAAUAAAGAGACGGAGCAAAAGUUGGUGGAGGUCCAAAAUGAAACACAGCAGAUAGUUGAAGAAGAGGGUACUGAGAUGCCAUCAGCAACCACAGAUACAGUACUUAAAGAUCAGGAAAUGAAGGAUACAGAAGACCAGAGGCCCGUUGAGGAUCCCUUAGAAUCUGACAUUACUGACACACAAACCCUUUACCCACCUGAGAGCUCAUUGCAAAGCAGUGAGUCUGAGCAGGUGGAUGAGGUGACCUCUAGCAGCAAACGACGUGUAACUGAGGAUCUGGGGUUAGAGGAACACAAAAAGAGUAGGGUUGAGAAGGGGCAAGACGAGGUUGAGCAAGUGCCAGAGGAAACCAAAGAUUUGCAUGGUGUUUUUAAAGCUGAAGGUGUGGAGAUUGAGUUGGAUUUUAGCAAAAUUAAGAAUGGGGAAUACCUGGAUGAAAAUGAAGAAAAAGACAAGCUGUUCUUCGUUGAUUGUACUCCACCUUCGCCAGCACCCUUCAACCACCGCAUUGUUUCUGCCAAACCCAACCAGAUUAACAACUUCUACACCAUCAACAGACAGGAAGUUCUUGGAGGUGGUCGAUUCGGCCAGGUACAUAAAUGCAUUGAAAAUUCUUCUGGACUCACUUUGGCAGCAAAGAUAAUCAAAGCUAGAAGUCUAAAAGAAAAGGAGGUGGUGAAAAAUGAAAUUCAGGUUAUGAACCAGCUCAACCAUGCUAACUUGAUUCAGCUCUAUGCCGCCUAUGAGUCCAGGAAUGACAUUAUCCUUGUACUUGAAUAUGUUAGUGGAGGAGAACUCUUUGACCGGAUCAUUGACGAGAACUACAAAUUAACAGAGCUUGACACAGUCAUGUUCAUCAGACAGAUCUGUGAAGGCUUAUGUCACAUGCACAAAAUGUACAUUCUCCACCUGGACCUAAAGCCAGAGAACAUUCUGUGUGUCAGCAGAUUAACAAAUAAAAUCAAGAUCAUAGACUUUGGACUUGCAAGGAAGUACCAGCCCAAAGAGAAGCUACGAGUACAUUUUGGGACACGAGAGUUUCUGGCCCCAGAGGUGGUUAACUAUGAUUUUGUGUCGUUCAACACGGACAUGUGGAGUCUGGGUGUUAUCACAUACAUGUUGCUCAGUGGGCUCUCUCCUUUCCUUGGGGAUGAUGACAACGAAACUCUUAAUAACAUCUUGGGCUGCCAGUGGAAUUUUGAGGAGGAUGAGUUCACAGACAUCUCGGAAGAAGCCAAGGACUUUAUUUCCAAACUGCUUAUUGUUGAUAAAAGUUGGAGGAUCGGAGCAGGGGAAGCGUUGAAGCACCCCUGGCUGUCUGAUCCAGCUGUCCACUUUCGCCUUCAUGAGAAGAAAAAUAUGUGCCGUUCACGCAGAAACUCUUGUGUGCCUCCACCAGAGAGUUAAUGGACCAAGCUUGCUGUGCAACCAAGAUAAACAACCAAGAUUAUGUUGUAUACAGACAAACAUGUAGUUGCAUAUUUGCAUAGCCAUUUACCAUUUGUCACUCAUUUGUUACAGUUGCUGGCAUUUUUUUAAAAUUACAACUGUAGUUUUCCUAGUCUUUUUCCUGUAAAUCCAGUUGCAUCUGUAGUUAAAAUCACAUUAAACAUAAAAAGUAUUAUUAUUUUGCAAUUUACAUUUAGAAUUAUAAUUUAUAUUAUAACUAAAUAUAUUGGAUACCAUCUUGUGAUUUUCAAACAUUUGUAUGCCUUAAUAUAUAUAUAUUACAUUUUAAAGCUUAAACUGGUCUAAUCAAAACAGUAUAUGUAUCACAUACAGUACACAACCUCUUUCUUCUCUAGAUCUGUUUCUUUGUUCUGUUCUGUGUAGCUCCAUCUCUGUAACAUUACGUUUCUAAAGAAAGAAACAGCAAAAAUCUUGAUUUUAGUGCUAAAAUAUAUUACUUUUAUCAUUUCAUUUAUUGUAAUGAGUAUGUAACCCUGGCAUUAUAUGCACUUUAAUACAUUAUUUAGUUAACUUUCUUAGUAGUUUUAAAUAGUAUGUCUAGUUUUAGAAAGAAGUCUGAUUUGUUUUAUUUGUCUACAUGUAUUUUUAUGUAUACCUGAAAGAAUAGUAAAAAAUGUCUUACCUUAUUGUUAUCCCCAUUUACAUAAACUAAUAAAAAUUAGUUUACUUUA